GGGUGCGGGGCGGGGUUGGACCCCUGGGCCCUCCGGUGACGUGGUGAGCGGGCGCUGACCCAUCCUUCCGACGUCCAGUGGGCUGCCCCGGGGACUAUCAGCGGGCGCGGGAUCCCGGAGCCCUCCCCACGAAGGAGGGUCGGCAGGGUCCGUCCCAGGCAGGGCACGCCCUUUGGGGAGGACAGCCCAGCCGGGGCAAAGGGUGACCCCCGAGGUGCCGGGUGAGCCGCCUGAGUUCACGGGUACCCCAACUCUCGCCCCAGCCACCUUCCAAAGAAUGGGGCCAAUCUGGCCAGGGGGACCCAGUCCUGUGCCCCCUUAACAGAAGAGUGCCGGAGGAACUAGCGUCCCCUGGGCCCCUAAGGGUCAUGUCUGGCCACCAGGGAGGCCUGAGGUUGGGGAGCCCGGCCAGCACCUGUACCAGGUGGGGUCUGCUGGGCAAGCCUGUCCAGCCCCUGCCCAUGGGGAGAGCCAGCCUCAUAAAGAUAGUUCCAGGUUCCCCAGCUGAAUUUUCCACCCAGCCCAUGAAUAGUGUCAUUAUGCAACAGUGGACACUGCACUGAGGCUUGCUUUCUGCUCCCACGGUCCCCUCCCUGGCCUGGGGGAGGGGGAGGCAGAACUGGCCACCGGGCCAUGGAGCAUGCCUGAAGUGGGCAGGUGGGGAUGCCGCUCCAAGGGCCAGCCACAAAAGGACCCUGAUUGCAGAGGCCUGGAGCUGGUCCUCUCCACCUCCUCAAGUCGGCCAUGGGGAAAGGUUUGGAGGGACAUGAGGAUGGCACACAGGAGGUAGGAAAGUUGGUGUCUGAAUGCAGGGUGGGGUGGGUGGCUGAGCAGGCCAGCAUACUUACUGCCUACUGCCCUCCCUGGAGAGAAGAUCCAAGACAGGGCCGAGUGGACGCUGGGAUGUCUCUCUUAGGUGGUGUCAGGGGAAAUGCUGUGUAUCAACUAGGAGGCGGGUGGUGGUCAUCAGCCUGGACAUAUCUGGAGAGGCCAUUGCUAUGCUGUACUACAUGGCAUAUCCAUGGGAUAGAGCUGGGGUUCCAAACCCUUCACCAUGCCUAACUGCCUCUGGGCAUGGGCCACGAGCCAACCAGGUGAUGCAUCACACUACAGUUGACAGUGGACACCAAGCACCGGCAGGUCCAGCCAUGGCCGCUGGCAGAGGGCAAGCACCAUGCUUACCCUUGAGUCUGGCCCACCCAGGGAAUCUCAGGCAGGAUCUAAGCAGCUGCAGACCUGACCCCAGGCCCUGGGCAGAACCUGGAAGGCAUGCCCGUCAUCCAUUAGUCUGCAGCCAGGCAAGUCAGCCCAUGGCAAUCUGGCCUGCUUCCGCCUUCUACCCCAUCACCCAGCCCUGGCCUUCCUUCCUCCUGGGGAGCCUGGCGGUUUCCAGAGCUCAGCCUCCAGUUGCCACAUUCAGCAUAGCCUUCACCCCUCCACCUCUUCCGGGGGUUCUCCCAGCCCCACGCGGGGCAGACCCAGCUGUUUUUAGCACACAGAAAGUUACAUAAGGGAGGCCACAGCAGGGCACCUGGGGUUCAAGCACAGGUGUGUCUGGCACACGCCCACACAUACCUGCAGAGUACAGGCAGUGACAGUGCAGGGCUGGGGCCUCAGGCAGGUAGAGGCCCUCUCCUGCCUCAGUUUGUCCCAGUGUAAAAUGGGGGUGCCAACUUAAUGUGGGAGCAUCUUGAUGGGAAGGCUCAGCUCAGAACUCCUUGGCAUAAGCCCCCAACCUCCUGAUCACCAAGCACCCCCGAGUCACACCUAAGGGCGAAGGUGUCCGAGACAGAUGUGGCCUGCAGGUCCUGUGAAGACCCUCACCCUACAGCUCUACAUAUGCUGCCUUCCGGGCCAGCCCUCCGACCAUAGAGCUGAUGGCCUCAGCAGUUGAGACAGGGGUAGGCAACUAGGCUGGUGGCAAAUGACAACGAGAUCUUCUUAAACCCCAAAGCCAUCCUUUUGGAGCAGAAGCUGGAGCCAGCCCUUCCUACCAGACUUCCAACCCCUGCCACUUCUGCCAGUGGCCAAACCGCAGGAAGAGGAAGGCUGUAUUCACUCCUGAGCAUCUUGAGUGAGAGCCUAUGGCUCUGUGUCAGAAGAGCUGCCAGGAAACCAAGAGGGUUAGAAUCAAGAAAACAUCCCCUACCAGUUGCUGUUACCCGCCCCCUCCCUGAGCACAACUUGAAGGCCUCGGUCACAUCUGACCAGUAGAGCCGCUUGGUUGGGGCUCAAGAGAGGGUACCAGGCAAGAAGUGUGCACACACCCCAGCCCUUCCAGUGGGAGACAGCCGGCCAGACCCUGACCCCCACCCACCCCCAGCUGGCUGGAGGCACCUCAGAGGCCUGCACAGAGGUCUCCUCUGUGCUGCUGAAGCCCCUGCUUAACCCUGUGGUCAGUGUUUGGGGGAGUGGGGAGGCUCUACGUUUCUCCUGGAAGCAGAUAGGCCAACCCCCAGGCCCAGGGAGGGUGACCCCCACCUGCCCGUGCCUACCAGGAAUCCAGCACACGUGCAGAGCCUGUGGGCUGUGACACCACAAUUCCCUAGGACCAACUCUAAGCUGCCUCCGAGGGUAGGGCCACCCACAGGUAGACAGGCUGUGCUUGGGGUCCCCAUGAAGCCCCAGCACCAACAGUCCCAGGUCAGCCCCAGCCUGGAAGGGGAUUCCUCGACACCCUAGGCCCAGCUGCAGGGAAGCCCCAACUGGGGUUGUACUCAGGAGGUGGGGGCUAGACAUCCUACUGUCCUUCUGGAGAGAGGGUGGAUGACAUGGGACCACCCACCUGUCCCUUCUGAGGCAUCCUCACACUCCUUCAGUACAGCUACUGAGGUGUGACCACAUGCGCCUGUCCUGUGCCAGGAGCUGGAGUCACCCUGUCCUGCUCCAGCCUGCAUUCCUGCUCCUCCCCGGGCCAGUGAGGCCUGGAGAGGCAGGAGAAGGGAUGUCCCAGGAAGGGAGGAGGGGGCUGCCAGCCUCACUGCCUCUGGAUGCAGUCACUGUAUCCUGGUGAGGCAGCCAGAGAUCUCUCUGCCCUCCCUGAGGUAGACUCUGGGGUGACCUCCUCCCUUCCACUGGCUGAUGACCCUUUGGCAGUCCUCCAGCUGUCUCCCCAGGAGGAGGGAGGGAAGGUUUGUGCCUGCUGCCUGGAUGAGCUCUGACAUGAGUCCCUCAGGCACAGGUCAUCAUCACACGGGAGCCUCUGCCCCUGCCCCUCUGCCUGCAGGGCUCCCUCCCCCACAGGAAAGUGGGGUCUCCUGUUCCCUAUAAGCAGUCCUGGGCUGGCAGGAACUCUGGGCAGACUUGAGCUCCCCAAGGCAGGAGUCCCUGGGACCCUCCUUCCUGGCUGCUCACUUCUUCAACCUCCUGAGCUGGGAGCCACAGGUCCUUCCUGUUCUAAUGCCCCAGAGCACUCGGGCCCCUCUGCUGCUAAGAGGCCUCCCCUAGGCCAGUGUGCCCCCACUCCCUCGAUAAUGUAGCCUAUCCCACAAAGGAAAAUUGUUCUGUGGCAGAGGGCCUGAGACACCCCCAGGCCUGUGCUGAGUCUGGAGGCUCUGAGGGGGGACUUGGGGAGGGGGUAUCUAUUGUGCUGAUCCCAGCUGGUCCCACUUCUGAGCCUUGAGCAGGAAGAGGAAACUGAGGCCCAUUUUGCACUUGAGGAAAUGGGCUCUGAGAGGUGGAUUGAUUUGGGCAAGAUCACAGAGUCAGUGACAAAGCUGUGAUUCGCAUCCACACCCUGGUGAGUCUAGGGCCUGCUCUUCCCCAGGGAUGACUUCCUUCUCCCAGACAUCACCAGUGGCCAUCUGCCUCCUUCCAAAGCCCCAAGGCUGAUGACCUCACCCCCUCCCCGCCCAGAGCCAAGGUCCUACCAGCAGGGCCUAUUAGAGCUGUCGUCACGGAGGCCAGCCAUCGUGGGACAAUGAAGGCUGCAGCUUCAAGGUAAGAGCCAUGGCCCUCACUCCUGGUGGUUCCCCGAAGUUGCAGGAGGCGCAGCCGCCACUGCCACCACUGCCCGAGGACAGGCGGCAGGAGAGGCUAGUGGAGCUCCACACCUCCUUCAGGGAGCUCUUCACCUUCUUCUGCACCAAUGCCACCAUCCAUGGCACCAUCCGCCUCGUCUGCUCCAGCCACAACCGCCUCAAGACGGCAUCCUGGGGGCUGCUGUUCGUGGGUGCCCUGGCUGCACUCUAUUGGCAGUUUGGGCUCCUCUUUGAGCAGUACUGGCGCUACCCAGUCAUCAUGACGGUGUCCGUGCACUCGGAGCGAAAGCUCUUCCCGUCCGUCACUCUGUGCGACAUGAACCCCCACAGGCCGAGGUCAGCCUGCCACCAUCUGCAGGUACUAGAUGAGUUUGCCCGGGAGAAUAUCCACUCUCUCUACAAAUUUAACUUCAGCGAGGACAGGGAUGUCCUCUGUGCUGGUGACCGGGUCCCACUGCCGGCCUUCUACUUGGACCGCACGAUCCGCCUGCAAAGGCUGAGCCAACCAGGUGAUCAGAACAAAGUGGGUUUCAGACUGUGUAACAGCACAGGUGGAGACUGCUUCUACCGAGCUCACUCAUCAGGUGUGACAGCCGCCAGAGAAUGGUACCACUUCCACUAUGUGAACAUCUUGGCCCUGCUGCCCACUGCCCAUGAGGACAGCCACCGAAGCCACAGAGGCCACUUUAUCUUCUCCUGCCAAUUUGAUGGCCAGGACUGCCAGGCCCGGUACUUCCAGACCGUCCACCACCCCACCUACGGCAGCUGUUACACCUUCAAUGGCAUCUCGGCCACGCAGCACCCGGGCAUCACCCAUGGGAUUAGCCUGGUCCUCAGAGCUGAGCAGCAGGACCACGUCCCUCUGCUGUCCACGGAGGCCAGCAUCAAGGUCAUGAUUCACGGGCGUGACCACACGCCCUUCCUGGAGCACCAGGGCUUCAGCGUCCGGCCAGGGACCGAGACCACCAUUGGCAUCCGAGAGGAUGAGGUGCACCGGUUGGGGAGCCCCUACAGCCACUGCACCAGGGGUGCUGAGGGCGUGGAUGUGCAGCUACUCUACAAUGCCUCAUAUACCCUGCAGACCUGCCUGGUGUCCUGCUUCCAGCAGCUGAUGGUGGAGACCUGCUCCUGCGGCUACUACUUCUACCCCCUGCCGUCAGGGGCCGAGUACUGCAGCUACACCAGGCACCCCGGCUGGGGUCACUGCUUCUACCGCCUCUACGGGGACCUGGGGACCCACCGGCUGGCCUGUGCCUCACGCUGCCCCAGGCCCUGCAGGGAGUCUUCCUACAAGCUCUCCGCUGGGACCUCCAGGUGGCCUUCCUCAAAGUCAGCUGACUGGAUCCUGUCCGCACUAGGCAAGCGGAACCCCAGGAGCCUGAGCCAGAACCCAGGCCUCAGGAGCCAUGUGGCCAAGGUGAACAUCUUCUACCAGGAGCUCAACUACCGGACAGUGGAUGAGACACCCAUUUACUCGGUGCCUCAGCUGCUUUCAGCCAUGGGCAGCCUCUGGAGCCUGUGGUUUGGUUCAUCUGUUCUCUCUGUCCUGGAGCUGCUGGAGCUGCUGCUUGAUGCCAUAGCCCUCGCACUGCUACUAGGCUGUCGCUGGCUCCGCAGAGUGCAGGCGCCUUCACCAGAGGCAGCCACAGGAGCAUCCCGGGGUGCACCAGAAGCCAACCAGUUGCCCACGGAUUGCAGGAAUGACAUUAAUCCUCAGGGGGGGACCUGCCAGCCUCAUCCCCCACAACGCUCCCGGGAGCCCUGGCAGGAGUCCUUGCUGAAGAGUUAGGCCAAGUGAGAGCCCCAGCCUCCCCACACCUGAACCUGCUGGAACUUGUCCUGAUCCUGAAGGCUCUCCUGGCUGCCCAGGGUGAACCAGACCAGCCCCACAGAGCUGCCCCCAGCCAGCUAAGCCAAACCCAGGGCCCAGGAAGCAGCACCUGGACCUGCAGGCAGGCAGGCAGGCAGGCGGGUAAACACUCUCAUCAGCCCAGCCACCCUGCCCAGUGGUGGUGGCCUCACUCAGGGAUGCCCAGAGCAGUGUCUCUACUGCUCUGGAUUCCCGUGUCUAGUCUGUGCAUUGCUGUGAGUGUGUGCGUUGCAAGAGGGAGGGGGCUGGGCAGCCCAGGUGGCUCAGCGGUUUAGCGCCACCUUCAGCCCAGGGUGUGAUCCUGGAGGCCCUGGAUAGAGUCCCACGCCGGGCUCCCUGCGUGGAGCCUGCUUCUCCC